GUGCUGGAAAGUCUCUUUCUAGGCCUUCUUUUCUCGACUCUUGAUGUCUCGAUCGUCUACACGUCCUUGCUCACCAUAUCUCUUGACCUGAGAGACUUUGUCAAAACCCCCUGGGUGGCGUUGUCAUACUUCCUGACAUUCGUUAGCCUUGCCACCCCAUUCGCAAAGGCCAGCGACAUCUGGGGCCAUCGGAGAACGCUCUUAUGGGCCUGGGCAUUGUUUACCAUUGGUUCGCUCGGCAGUGGUUUUGCCACUUCAAUAGACCAGCUCAUAUUCUUCCGCGCUGUGCAAGGCUGCGGCGGUUCUGGGCUGUACAGCCUCGUCCAAAUUGGUCUAUUUGAUAUU